AUGUUGCGUCUAAGUAUUCCUCUCUCCUUGACAAAUAUCCGCAGGUUCAUCAAAACUGCAGCUUCUCAAUACAUUAUUGAUGAAGAAGAGAGGUGGUGUGCUUCUAUUAUUCAUAGUGGUACAAUUGGGGAAAAAGAAAAACAAGGGAGAAAACCAAAGAAUGUGGCAAUUAUAUUGGACGGAAACAGACGUUGGGCGAAGAAACGAGGAGUCAGUGUUUGGGAAGGUCACGAAGCCGGAGCUAGAAUAGUAGUGGAGAAUGUUAAGGACUGUUUUGCUAUGGGGAUUAAAACUGUCUCUCUCUUUGCUUUCUCCACCGAAAACUGGCGAAGACCUGAGGAUGAAGUCAACUUCUUGAUGGCCAUGUUUGAGAAAAACUUCAAGUCUGAGAUGCCUUACUACCAAAGGUCUCAGUUAUUGGGAAACGGACAAAUAUCCCCGAAAAAAGCUACAAAGAGCUACAAAGACAAGCAUCUCAUUCUGGCGAUAGACUAUAGUGGAAAGUUUGAUAUCUUACAAGCCUGCAAAAGUCUUACUGAAAAGGCUAAAAACGGGCUGAUCCAAGUGGAUGACAUUGAUGAAUAA